UUAGUGUAUAAGUGUAUUUGAGGCUUUACAAAACAGAAACUCCAUUGAUAUUUUACUCGUCAAUUGUUAUUUUUUGAUUAUAUUCAAUUGUCGGAUUAUUUUUUGUUGCUUUAAAUUAAUUAAAAUGAAUCCUGAAUAUGAUUACUUAUUUAAAUUGCUUCUCAUCGGUGACUCUGGCGUUGGAAAAUCAUGUUUACUCCUUAGAUUUGCUGAUGACACUUACACAGAAUCAUACAUUUCAACCAUAGGUGUUGAUUUCAAGAUAAGAACCAUAGAAUUGGAUAAUAAAACAAUUAAAUUGCAAAUCUGGGAUACAGCCGGACAAGAAAGAUUUCGAACUAUAACAUCCUCUUAUUAUCGUGGGGCCCAUGGGAUAAUCGUUGUAUACGAUGUAACAGAUUUGGAGUCAUUCAAUAAUGUGAAACAAUGGCUACAUGAAAUAGAUCGCUAUGCUUGUGAUAAUGUCAACAAGUUGCUGGUUGGUAAUAAAUGUGACCUAACCUCUAAGAAAGUGGUUGAUUAUACGACAGCUAAAGAAUUUGCAGAGCAAUUGUCUAUACCUUUCUUGGAAACUUCAGCGAAAAAUUCAACCAAUGUGGAACAGGCCUUUUUGACUAUGGCUGCUGAAAUCAAAAACCGAAUGGGUCCAGGCUCUGGUGGUAUGGCUGGACAAGUUCCAGGGUCAAAUGUUCUGGGUUCUAUCAACCCCUCCUCCACUCCAGUCAAAACCCAAACAAAUUGUUGCUAAAUCUGAGAGGAGGUUCUGUCUAUCUGUUUCUUUCUCAUAUCUAUUUCUCUCUUUCUCUCUCUCUCUUUCCUCUAUCUUUCUCUCUAUCUCUUUCUUUCAUUCUUUCCAUACUUUCUGUCUAUUUACCUAUCCACCUAUCUAUCUGUCUAUCCUUAAUAACUGAAAUCAUUCAGAAAAAAAUUAAAACAUGAUAAACUUUAUACAAAUAAAUUAUCUGAUGAGUAUCGUUUUCGGAUUGAAA